UGAUGCUUGAAAACUGGCGCUUGUUGUAUCUUUUUCAUUUUCUAGCUUAAGAAACUAAUCAAAAGUCUUUGUUACUGUGAAGACAAAAAUUUAUAAAGAAUUGGUAUCAGAUCGUGAAUCGUUGUUCAGUUACCAAUGAAGUCUCAUCUCAACUUUGGUCUGGAUUCGAGAUUUCUAUCAAUAUUUAUAAUAUUUGCUUGAAAAUUGGCGCUUUCUUGUCUUAUUAGUUAUUCAAAAACUAUUCAUCUAACCAACUUAUUGUCAAAACAACAACAUUUGCUUUAAAUUGUUUACAUUUGUAACAAUUUAUCAACAAUACAGAACUUCAGAUAUGAUAACUUUAACCAUCGUUUUGAUAAUCGGGUUUUGUGUGACCGAUGCUCAGGAAAGUCCAAAAGUGAAUCCAUUUGCUGCAUUGAUUAAACCAGUGGUUGGAGGAAAAACAUCAUUCGCUUGUCAAGCUCUUUCAGGAUCAUUGCCUUUGUCUUUUAUCUGGUUCAAAGAUGGAAAAGAAAUCAAGGAAAUGUCACCAAUUAGGAUCAGAGAAAAUGAAGAUAUGUCAACUUUGUUUAUCGAUUCAAUUUCUUCAAAUCAUUCAGGAAAUUAUACUUGUAGAAUCUCCAAUAGAUUUGGUUGGGAUGAGUUUUCAAUCGAGUUGAACAUUGAAGGGCCACCCUUUUGGAAAGAAAAACCCGAAAAUAUAAAAAUUCACAUGGGUGAUAGUGUUUCGGUCAAAUGUUCAGCUCUUGGUUUUCCAAGACCUAAAGUUAUUUGGCAAAGAUACAAAGAAUCCCUUUGGACUCCAAUUGAUAAACAUGAAUCAACAAUAGAAUCAAAUUCUGAUGAAUUAAUAAUCAGAAAAGGUUAUUCGAACCACUCAGGUCAAUAUGCUUGUUACAUAAGCAACGGAAUUGAACCUGAUUUAAGACACGAAUUUUCAAUCUCAAUUGAUGAGUCAAAGGUUUUGGUCUCUAACCUUUACACUUAUUUGGAUAAAAUUUCUGGGUAUUUUUGAUUCCCUUUGGACAGUCACCUCUCUACUUAAUUAUGCUGAAAUAUCAACUGCUGGUUAUUUUUGCAAGUUACUUUUCAAUCGCCUGUCAAGAUGCUCCAAAGAUCAGUCCUUUUACAUUUCCACCCAAUCCUGUUAUCGGCCGUACCACACUCGUUUAUUGCUUAACCGAAAUCGGUACACCACCAAUCAAGUAUCAAUGGUUUCGUAAUAAUCAACUGAUUAAUUCAAAU